UAGGCCGGGGAUGUGAGCGAGAGGCGACAAUAAUGGGGAAUAACCGGGACCCCGGUGCUCUGGAGUGGACACAACGACUGGACGGUGAUCAUCAAGGGGGUUAACGUGAAGAUCAGCCAUCCCCAGAGGGUUGUACACUGAUUUGGCGAGGCUUGAUGGAUUAUUUUGGGCUUAAUGAUCAAAUGAUUGCCGCCGGAGACCAAAUAAAACGCAUAUAACCAUACUGGAUACGAUUUAUCCAUUUCCAUGGCGUUAUCACCCACCCAGAGCCAAGCAGGUCACCUGGACCCAGGACUAAAGCGGGCUCGCCGGGUCUAAAGCGCUCGAUCUGUCGUGAUUGAGGCGAUGUUCGCGUCUUGCCUCGAUCUGCGCAGCGCGAUUUCAGCACCACCGCAGCUGGACAGCGACCGCAUGGAACGAGCGCUCGAUCCCAGCCGUCAAAACUCGCCAGACUCCGCAGCGGAAGACCAGACCCUCACGCUGCUACACACCGCGCCCGGGGGGCUCGGCAUGGCUCUGGAGGAGGAGUUGGCCAUGCUCACCCGCGAGCGGGACGAGGAUCUGGAAGUAUCCGCCUCAGAGACACCUGUGAGCGGACAGAACUCUGACCUACUGUCGCUCUACCGGCAGAAGGAGAAGGACUUGGUCCUCGCUGCUAAACUGGGCAAAGCUCUACUUGAACGAAACCAAGACCUCACAAAGCAAUAUGACAAAAUGACCAAGGAUUUAAACGACAAACUGGAGCUCCUGGAGCAGGAGAAGCACGAGCUGCGACGGCGUUUGGAGAGCCGUGAGGGCGAGUGGGAAGGCCGGGUGGCCGAACUGGAGACAGAUGUGCAACACCUGCAGGGGGAGCUGGAGAGACAUCAGGUGCAGCUGCGAGAGGCCGACCGAGACAAGAGCCGAGCCAUCAGCGAACUGUCCGAACAAAACCAUCGACUGCUGGAGCAGCUCAACAGGGCUGCUGAGGUGGAGAAACAGUUGUCUACUCAGGUCCAUUCUUUACGGGAUGAUUUCAAGGAGAAAAGCAUCUCCACCAACCAGCACAUGACACGCCUUGAGACCCUACAAGCCGAGAUAAAGAUGUUGUCAGAGCGUAAGCAGGAACUGGAGCGGCGUGUGAAGGCCAUGCUGGAGGAGAACGAGCAGCUCCAGCACACGGUGGACGAGCUGAGAGAGCGAUCGCUGGUGCUGGAGAAACAGUGUCACCAGAAGGACCUUCAGCUUCGCCAGAGUCAGCUGGAGCUGCAGGAAGUGCGUGUGUCUCACAGGCAGCUGAGCGCUCGUCUGGAGGAGCUGACGGAGGAACGCAGUCUACAGGGCUUCAGUCCGAACCCACACAGCAUCCUCUGUGAGAUCGAGCAGAGCAUGGAGCAGGAGGAGCUGGAGCAGGAGAGAGAGCAGCUCCGGCUGCAGCUGUGGGAGGCUUACUGUCAGGUGCGGUCCAUCUGCUCCCAGCUGAGAGGAAAUGACAUCACAGACUCCGCCUUAUCCACAGACUCCUCCAUGGACGAGUCUUCAGAGACGCUGUCGGCUAAAGACGUCCCGACGGGGAGUUUGCACGCUAAUCUUCUGGAGCUGCGCAGACUCACACAAAACCUGCUGGACGGCAACGAAUCUACGGGUUCACGGCGCAGCGACGAGGAGGUUUUGGAGGAGCAGGUGCGUAAAUUGAGCGAGGAGCUGCGAGAGCUUCGAGAACUGUACGAACAGGAGCAGGAAAAAACACGCGACAGCCAGGAAGAGGUGUUACAGCUCCAUAAUCAGGUGGCGCUGCUCUCGGUGGAAGUUUCUUCUUCACGAGAGGAGAACGAGCGAUUGAGAGCGAUGGCAGAAGUACACGAGCCCAACGAACAGUUACAGAGCGCGAUACGAGACAGAGAUGAAGCCAUUGCCAAGAAGAAAGCUGUGGAGAUGGAGCUGGCGAAGUGUAAGAUAGACAUCAUGUCUUUGAACAGUCAGCUGUUGGAUGCGAUACAGCAGAAACUCAACCUGUCUCAGCAGUUAGAAGCCUGGCAGGAUGAUAUGCACAGAGUUAUCGAUCAACAGCUGAUGGAUAAACACCAGGAGGAGUGGAAGGAUCCUCCAUACUCCUUCAACGGGUCACGAGGAGGAGCUCCAUCCAGACGAGCGCAUCGCCUCUCGGACGGAGACAAGCGCCUCUUUUCAUUCUUCAAGAAGAACUGAGAUUAUCUGAAGACAUGGAGGACGAGAGUGUGAGAACAGAUGUGAGAGAAGGGUACAACAAGCGACAAAGAAAGUCUAAAUCACUACAUCAGUGGUUCUCAACUGGUUUUGAUCAUUAAAAACCAAAAUGAUAUAUUUUACAAAAGUAAAAAACAACAACAACAACAAAAAACAGCAACUCUGAAAUGCAUUAAUUAAUCGCAUCAAUGCACAAUGAUAAAACAAAUUGAGAUUCAUGUAUUUGAAUUGCGUAUAAAUUUCCAUCCAUUUGGACACAGUUUUAACAUAUACUAUUAAAUCUAAUUCUCAGUCAAACAUAAAUGAAACCGGUUUCUGAAAAAGAUUUCUUUAAUUUUAAAAACACAGUAACCAGGUUUAUACAUUGAUCAUUAAUAAAUCAAACAUUGUUUCGAUCUCAUAACAUUUUAAUGAACUGCAUUUUGCUUGUUCAUAUUGAAUAUUAAAUACUUUUUAACUAAAUUAAUUGAAUCGCUUUUAAGAUGAACAGAUGCAAUUAAAAUAACUGCAUUUUGAAAUUGAAAUCAAACAGAUGCAAAUGUUUAAUUAUAAACUAUGCUCUGCUGGUUUUGAGUGAUUUGUUUAGUUUAUUAGUUUGUUUAUAUUAAAACUGUGCAAUCCAAAUAGAUUUGUUGAUAAUACAUUUAUGAACCUGCUAUUGUGAAUUUAAAACACAUUCAGUUCAGCUGUGAUACUGGAGCACAAAACAAGUCAUAAGGGUCAAUUUUCCGUUUUUUUUUUUUUUUUUUUUUUUAGAGAAUCUGGAUUCAGAGUGUGCAAAAAAAAAAAUCUAAAUAUUGAGAAAAUCAUCUUUAAAGUUGUCAAAAUGAAGUAGCAAUGCAUAUUAUUAAUAAAACAUGUAAUUUUAUUUACAGUAGAAAAUUUACAAAAUAACUUCAUGGGACAUGAUAUUUACUUAAUAUGCUAAAGAUUUUUGGCAUAAAAGAAAAAUCUAUAAUUUUGACCCAUACAAUGUAUUUUUGUCUAUUGCUACAAAUACACCCCAGAGACUCAAGACUGCUUUCGUGCUCCAGGGUCACAAAUAGUACUGUUACAGAAAACUGUUUCAUUUAUGUAUUUAAUGCAAUUUAUGCAAAUACAUAAAUCUUAAAUUUAAGAUUAAAUGUUUUGGUAACACUUAAAGUCUAUAUAUAUAAUGCAUCAUUUUAAACUAGUUUUAUGCAUUAAUUUUGCCUCAUAAUGAGCGUUACAAGGCAUAAUGCACUGUAUGAUAUCAUGAAUAAUUGUAACCACAAUUCUGAUGCAUUUUAAUUAUUAUCUACUCAUUGUUACACCUUUAGAAUAUAUAAUGCAUUAUAUAUAUAUAUAUAAUGCAUAUAAUGUAGUUUCUGAACAGAUGGGUAGACGUUGAAUAGCUUUAAUAUGCAUUAUACAUAAAGGCUUUAAGUAAAGUGUUACAUAGGUUGUCUGCUUGCACUCAAUAAUUGACUGUAAAAACACUUAAUUUGAGUCACGAGCCACCAGCUGAGAACCACUGCACUGACAAACCCAGUUCUCUGAUGGCUUUGAGCCGUUUUGCACUUUAUCUGUACCCACAAUCCUCCCUCCGAAAGCUUUAGGAGCAGAACACAAACCUUGUCCGACAGGAUGAAGGCUUGCGGCAGGGUCUGUUCAUCAGGGGUCCCAUCGGGGGUCCGUUUCCCCUGCGAGUGCCUCGGAAAGCUUCUCCUCACCUCACUGCCAGAGAUUCACAGCAUUCGCUAGAGACUCGACUCAGGAGGUUUCAGCAUCACCGGGAAGUUUCAGGCCCAGAUGGAAUUUUUCUGUGUUGAUUUUGGGACAAAAAUAUACGAGAGUAGUGCAGUAUUAUUGAAAAUAAGAUAAAUCGGCAUCAGUUUGUCCGUUUCGGGCCUGAUUAUAGAUGAUGUUUGAACGCUGCGACUAUAAAAUCAGAAACAGUUUCAGACGUUCUGCUCUUGGGUUCAUUCACAGAAAACUAAUCAAUGUCAUUAACUUUCUAACAACCACACGGAUAUAAUAUAAAAUUAACUUUCAGCUGCUGCUUAGAAUGCAAAACUUAAAAGCACGCAGCACACACUAAUAAUAAUGCAACAGGACAUUAAUCGUGGCUAUUUUAUUUUUAUGUCCUCGGGUGUGCUUGGUAAUAAACUUCAGGCUGUCUGCGUCACAAUCUGAUGACAAUGAACCAAAGAGCAGAAGUGUUGAGCUGUAGCACUUUUGCAAAUGUACAGACAGUAGAAAUCAGAGGGAAACACCAAACUGAAGACACCAUUAGACGAUCUCAGUCCUCAGAGAUGCACUGAAACUGCAGUUGUGUUCAGAACGAAACACUGCUGCGCCGUACCCUACACACAAAAAAUGUGACACUUGAUGCAGAAUGGAACAAUAUUUCUUACAUUGCAGUCACCAAAAAUUCCAAGUUCCAAUUUUUUUUACAUAGAUAAAAAUGAACUGUCACUACACUAGGAAAUGUCUGUAAAACAGGGCAGAGUGUAGUGUUAAUAUGACUUAAAGGGAUAGUUCACCCAAACAUGAAAAUGACCAAAAAAGGCAUCCAAAAUAAAGGCAACUUUGUUUCUUCAGUAGAACACAAACUGAGAUUUUGAAACAAACCGAUGCAGUCUGUUAGUCUUAUAAUGGAAGUGAAUGGGAAUCCAAAAAAAAAAAAAAAAAACAUACACAAACAAAACCAAAUUAAACCCUGCGGCUCGUGACGAUACAUUGAUGUGUAAAGACACCAAACGAUGGGUCUGUGCAAGAAACUGAACUUUUUGCAUUUGUAUAGUUUUUUUAACCUCUGAUAAUGUCUGAAUUGUACUGAGCACGUUUGCAUCGUUAUCUUCUUUUUCUUGCUUCAUUGCGGUGAAAAUCAGAGGUAAAAAACUAUAUAAAUACUGUUCAGUUUCUUGCACAGACCGAUGGCUUUGUGUCUUUACACAUCUAUGUAUUGUCACGAGCCUCAAGGUUUAAUUUGGUUUUAUUUAUUUCUCUCACAGCCGUGAUUCCCAUCCACUUCCAUUAUAUAACUGACAGACUGCAUUGGUUUGAGUUAUUAUUCUCCGUUUGUGUUCUAAUGAAGAAACAGUCACCUUCAUCUUGGACGCCUGGGGGUAAGCAGAUAAACAUCACAUUUUCAUUUUUGGGUGAACUAUUUUUUUAAAAGACAGAAAAUAACCAGUACCUUUUCCCAUUUAUUUUAUUUUUUUACAGUGUAGAAAUGUUAAAAAUCAUCGUUGAUAUUCCUUCCGGUUCGUUUGUCACACUGUGAAGGCAAGGUCAAGUCAAGUGCAUUGCAUUGUGGGAUACAGUAGGUACAAAAUUGUCACUGGUGGUGCCACAGUAAGAGACAAAAGCUAAAAGAUUCAUCAUCUUUCCUUUACCUUUUUUUUUUAAACAGUAAAUGUUAGUACCUUAAAUGGCUUAAAUGCACAUAUUAGGAUCUUUUGGGUACCACCCCAAGAAACAGUCCUGUUCCUUUUACUUCUGAGAGUGUGUUGUUGUGAACACCGUCCAGGUCACUUCCUCCAGCCUAUGAGAAUGAAGAGAGCACUUGUGUCAGGUGUGUUUUGUGUCUAGCGUCGGUGUGUGUGUGUGUUUGGGUUCAGUCAGUGAAAGUCGAGCAGAUUUUGAGCAAAGCUAUGCAGCUGUCUUCUUUCUCGCAGAGUUUUGGUUUGGAGAAACCCAAAGACUGAGUGAUUUUUUUUUUAUACGUACAAACAGGUUUGGAAUAAAUAAAAAAAAAGGAAUCAAUAUAUUUGUAAAUGUAUAACUUUUGAACGAUAAAUCGACUUUUUCUAGAACAAUCUCCAUGUAAGCGCUUGUCUGUUGUGUAGUCUGGUUCGUAAGUGUCUGAUCAGAGCUGAAUGUAAACUCUCCAUCCAGACCCAAUACAUCACACUGCUCCGUUCGUAAUUUUCCAUCGGUCAGACUGAUCUGGUCCGCAGGAGAGACACUACAGGUCAACAGAGCAAAGUUACAUCUUCACUAGUGUAACUAGAUUACUGUCUUGAUUACUCUCUCUAAAAAUAUUGCAUUACUCAUUGAUACUUCAUAAGCCAAGACAGACAUGAAAAUUAUUCUUGAACUGACCUAAAGAUUUAAACGGAGAAAGAUGCAUUAAAAAAGUUAUUCUAACGCUAGAAGUUACAUUUGGAUGUUUGGAAACCCCUUUCUUCACAUUUGUCUUGGGAAAAGUAAUUACAGUAACUAUUUAGUUUUGGAUGCAUUACAUUAAACACUAGUCAUAAGAGUGACCUUUUUAAUAUGCAAAUUGAAUACUGAAUUUGGAACAGAUUCAUGCAUCAUCAUAAAAGUGACACACAGAAAACAUCUCCAGUGGUGGUCAACUGUCAGAAUAUUAAACUAAAUUAAUGCAUGUGAAUAUAUUGAAAAAUCAUCUGACAUUUAAAUAUCACCGAAGCAAAAUCUCACUUACCUUUAAUUUACUCCAAUUACAUUUAAUGCCACUUUUGGAGGACCCAAACUGAUUGCAAACAUAUGACAAAGGUGAUUUGAAAAGGAUCAGAUAUUUCUAUUUCAUUAAGGCCUGUGGUGCUUCUCUUGUCUGAUGGCGGAUGAAUGAAACACUGGUUUAAAUCAUGUUUGGAGUGUUUCUCGUCUCUCUUCUGUAUGUAAGAACAUUUCAAUGUCUUUUCUUUAGUUUUUCUUGUGUUUCACACACUGUUCUGUAAACGUCUCAUUACGUUGACUUUGUACUGUUGUCCGUUUGCCAUUUAAACACUGUUUUUGCAAGUCA